UUAGUAAAUUAAGUAUACGGAGAGCUCCAUUUGCUAAGGACUCAAAAAUCAAAAUCCAUGGCGGCUUCUUCUUCAUCUGAAACCCUUCCACCCGACGCGGCGGACGGAAAAUUAUCCAUCUCUCUGUACACAGAUCGAGUCUGGAGAAGAUUCCUCAGCUUCCUUCCUCAACCGUCAGAUUCGAACCUUCUAACCAGGAUCUGGAACCUCUGCUACCUCCGUCGCAUCCCGGCCGUCCGAUCUCGGAGGAGGAAACCGGGUCUACCUCUUCCAUUGCUUUCGAGAACGUCUCUCAAAUCUUCUUCUGCGGGUAUGACUGAAGCAUCCAUGAUUUUUGAUACUUUAGAGGAUAUUUUGGAGCACAUCCUGUCAAGUCUGCAUGGUAUCCAGAAGAGUCUACUUUUUUGGCAGUCACGGGCGGAGGGAACAGAUGCCCAAAAGCUAUACUUCAUGGUCUUUGAAAGAGGGCCAAGGGCUUUUAUCAAUGGAACAGUUCAGCUGAUACGUGGAUAUUCUACAGAGGACUCUACCAUGGAACAUCUCAGUCAUUCUGCAGCUGCUACGAUAACUGAAAGAAUUGCCAUCUUAACACGUCUACAAAAGUGCCUGGCUACUUUUCUUGCGCAGGUUUAUAUGGAGGUUCACAAAUUCGGGGAAGUUUUGGAUAAGGAUCCUCACAAGUCAUUGCCAUCACUAUUGAUGACCAUCAAUGACUUAUUUUCAAAAUUGGAAGCAUCAAUUGGCCAUCCAUAUGAGAUUUUUAAGAGUGAUUAUUCUGCUUUUGUGGAUGGGAACAACACAUUCUCGCUUCAGUUUGAGAAACUGCCAGAGAUUGACCAGGAAAGGUCACAGUGGACAGAUUGUGAAAUAAGAGAUGCCAUCAAUUUGAUUUAUCAAAAUCUCAACAGUUUUGACUCUUACCUGUCACUACUUGUUUCAAGAUACCGAAAACCAAGGAGAAUGACUUUGUAUUGGUUACGGUAUACGUGUGGAGCAGUUGGCCUCUCAGUAUGUUCAGUGUGGCUCUUGCGCCAUAGCAGUUUGAUGGGAAGUUCUGACAUUGAUAACUGGAUCAGCGAUGCAAAGGCAUCAACUGUUGGCUUUUGGAAAGAUCAUGUAGAGCAGCCGCUUCUGUCUAUCAGAGAUGAACUUUUUGAGACAUUCAAGAGGAGACACAAAGGUGUAAUGGAGCUUGAAGAAGUGCAGUUAACGGCAAAUUCUCUCCACAGAAUGUUGUUGGCUUUCAGUGAGCAAACAAAAGGUGAAAAGCUUCCAGAGAAUGCAUCGGAUCAGGAACUGCUGGAAAUAGUUAUGGCCAGGUAUGAGAAGGAAGUCAUGCAUCCUCUUCAAAAUCUUCUUGGGGGAGAGCUGGCUCGUGCUUUGCUCAUUCAGAUUCAGAAGCUAAAACUGGAUCUUGAGACGGCAAUGCUAGAACUGAACCAGAUUCUUCGGGCCAAUGAAAUCAACUUUGCGAUUCUUGCCGCUUUGCCAGCCUUCUUUCUUUCGCUUCUUUUGCUCAUGUUAGUACGUGCCUGGGUUAAAGAGGAUAAAGGCGCAGAAGGUAAAGGAAGGAUUGCUCGGCUGCAAAGGAGGCUUCUCAUAGUGGAGGUUGAGAAAAGGAUCAUGCACUAUCAGAUUUGCGUGGACCAAGGCCUGGAUGGAGAUGCUCAGUGCAUGUUUGGGUUGGUGCUUUACAGUCUCGAUCGCCUGUACAAAGCUGUUGAAAGGCAUGCCAAGCAAACUGGCGAAUGGCUAAGUUUGAGACAGGACAUUAUGGAUCUCGGGAAGCCUGGACUGAACACUCAAUACAAACUGGCCAUAACGUCACGCAUGGAACGAGUCUAUGACUGCUUGCUUCCUUCAACAAAACGACGGUAAACCAUUUUCCUGUUUCCUCCUUUUUCCCUUUUCAGAAAUUGGUGAAAAAGAAGAAAUUUUUGGAAGGGCAAUUCAAUGUUUUUGCACACCAUGAGAGGUUAAGAUUAAAAAAAAAAAAAAAAAAAACUGACUGCCUUUUAAGUAUCGGCACUUGAUGGAAAGUGGGCUUUCUAUGCCAAUCAAUAUGUGUUUUCUUGGCUG